AUGAAGCUGUCGGAGUUGACUGCCGUGCUGUGCCUGAUAUGGGCACUAACGCUCCUCUACGGCGAAAUGCUAGCCUUCCGCCUCCCGUCUCUCGCCACUUGCGGAUGGCCUCACCACUCUCAAUCUCUCAACAACAACUACCUCAAAGUGGCGGUCCUCACAGACCCGCAGCUCACGGACCGAACCUCCCUCCGUCUCCCGCCCAAAUCACUCUCUCUCGAGUUGGUUCAGUUCUACUCCGACCUCUACAUGCGCCGCGCAUUCCUCUCGUCCGUUCUUCCCUUCGAUCCUGACGUCAUUCUCUUCCUAGGGGAUCAUUUCGACGGCGGGCCGUAUCUCUCGGAUCUUGAGUGGAAGGAGUCUUUGAGCCGUUUGAAACAUGUUUUUCCAGUGAGCAAGCAAGAAACACCGGUUUACUGGAUUGCUGGGAACCAUGACAUCGGCUAUGAAUAUCUCCACACUCGUGCGCCGCAGGCAAUCACACGAUAUGAGAAGGAAUUUGGUAGCCUAAAUUAUCGAUUUAGGGUUGGACAAGUGGAGUUCAUUGCCAUUGAUGCCCAAGCUAUUGAUGGAAAUCCUCAGGGAUACAUGGCUUCCUCUACUCGUGCUUUUGUGAAGAAUGUCUCUCUGGACAUUCAAGCUUAUCCAAGGGUUUUGUUGACCCAUAUUCCAUUAUACCGACAAGAUAAAACAGAUUGUGGUCCCAAUCGUAAGUCAGAAAUUGUCAACCAGCGGAUUGUGCGCUCUCCUGAUCGUCGAGAAAUAGCGUACCAGAAUUACAUUACUGAGGAAUCAUCAAAAUAUUUAUUGGACUCCAUUCAACCAGUACUUGUUUUAUCUGGUCAUGAUCAUGAUCAGUGUGAUGUUGUCCACAAGUCAAAAUAUGGGCCUGUGAAAGAGCACACUGUGGGGACAAUAAGCUGGCAGCAGGGAAAUGUGUAUCCGUCUUUCAUGUUAUUGUCUGCUUGUAAUACAUCCAGUUCUGAAAAGCCAGUCUUAACUCAGCUGUGCUUUCUUCCUGUGCAACUACACAUUUAUAUAUGGUAUCUCUCGCUAUUUGUUUUGACCGUUCUUGCCCUCCUCCUUUGGCCAGCUGGUGGUGUGAGUUUUUGGCAUAAUUUUAGUGAUCUGCUAGUCUGUGGCAAACAACUAAUAAGUAGCAUUACAAGUAGACCAAAAGAGAAAGAUGAAGAUCUAAACUGUGAGUAUGAGAUGAUGUGGGAUGCUGAAGGAGCAAUGCAUCUUGUUAAGAAAGCCUCAAACGUUUCUGUUACAAACAAAAGUGAGAAAAUUUCAGUUGAAAGAGGUACUACUGUGAUUCGGCCAACAGCUAAAAAGAAUAUUUCUCAGGAGCUAGAGGUUUCUGUGAAUGCUGAUGUGUUUGAUUCUAUGGCAAAGACACUUCCUAGAGCAAGUAAAUCUUGGACGAAGUUGGUGAUCCAGAGAUUGGUCCGUACAUUUCGAAUGGUCACAAUCAUCGCUGCGGUAAAUGUGCCCAUUUAUAUGUUGUUGCUUUUCAAGGAUUGGAUUGACUAAUGACAUCCAGUUUGAAGAUUAUUAUGGCUAUAGAAAGAAGAUUCAUUGCGUUCUGCAAAAGAAGUAAAGGACACCAUUUCAAAGUAUAGCUCCCAUCACGAAGUUUCUCAUUCAUCACACCAUUUCAGGUGCAUGAACCCUAUGACUUUGUACGAUAGCAUUUCCACGUUUUUUUUUUUUUAGGAAAAUUUCCACGUUCUUGCAAGUAUAGAGAAUGUUGAAUAUUGUAACCUGAAGUAGCUGAAAGUGUUUAAUAAAAGCCAUGUAAAUCUCAAUAAUUUGACUGUAUUUUAUAAUACUACAUUUUUUUAUUCUACGUACUAGCAUGAUCUUUCUUACAAUUCCAGGCUUUCAGCAAAUUUCGAUUUAACCAAAUGUAUCAGCAAUCUCUUAGAAAAUAAGCUAGCAACAGCAGGCCUAGAAGCUAGCUAGUAAUAGGAAAACUCUCUAGUUUAUUGCUAUGAAUGAGUAAUAUAGCACAAGAUCAACUACACUGGGUUUG